AUGGCAAGUGAGCUCCUCAGUCGGGCGGAAGAGGUGGUGGUUCAGCCUCCGUUGUCCCAGGCGGUGGGUUACGUUGUUGUUGUAGUGAUCGGGCUAGUCAUUGCGUUUGCAAUGGUAUUGGUGACAAGGUUGCUGAAGCAUACCGUUGGUGAAGACAACAAGAAGACCGAAAUGUUCAUGACCGCGAACCGAAGCGUCAACACUGGAUUAACGGCCUCAGCUGUGGUAUCAUCAUGGUUAUGGAGCACUGCCAUGCUCGGCUCUACUCUUGUUGGUUAUGUUAACGGAGUAUCCGGCCCAUUCUGGUUUGCUGCAGGUUGCAGUCCUAUGAUCGUCUUCUUCGCUGUACUGGGUAUCAGCUGUAAGCGCAAGAUCCCAGAAGCACACACCUUGCUGGAGAUUGUACGCAUUCGAUAUGGCACAACAGCCCACAUCGUGUACAUGUUCCUGUGUCUCGUCAACAACUUAUUUGCCGUUGCAAACAUGCUUCUGGGCGCAUCGGCCGCCAUCACGGCUAUGACGGGUAUGCAUAUCAUCGCUGCGACCUUCCUACUGCCGGUCGGCGUAGCCCUCUAUACCUUUGUCGGUGGCAUCAAAGCAACAUUCCUAACUGACUACAUGCACACCUUUACCAUCUUGAUUAUCCUGUGUUAUUUUUCGGUCAAGGCUUUCACGCUAGAGGAAGUUGGAUCCCUGGGUAACCUUUUUGAGUUGGUGAAGGCUGCAGGCGCCCGCCAUCCGGUUCCCGAGAACGAACAGGGCUCCUACCUUACUAUGACCUCGAAAGGCGGCAUCUUGUUCGGCAUCUUACAUAUUUGCGCCAACUUCGGACUGGUCAUCAUGGACACGAGUUUCUUCAUUAAGGCGUUCUCAGCAAGUCCACAGGCAGUUGUUCCUGGCUAUGUCGUCGGAGGAAUCGCAUACUUCGCUAUUCCAUGGGCGAUGGGUACUUUGGCCAGCUCCGUAGUGCUUGGGCUGGAACAUAACCCCAUUUUUCCAACAUACCCCCGACGAAUGACAUCCACAGAGGUUUCGAACGGUCUUGUGCUUCCGUACUUUGCAAUGACUAUAGCUGGGAAGGGUGGUGCAGCAGGAAUCCUAUUGAUUACUUUUAUGGCUGUUACAUCAACCCUGUCUGCGCAGGUCAUCGCUGUCUCGUCGAUUAUCAGUUUCGACAUCUAUCGCACAUAUUUCAAACGCAGUGCUAGCGACGAAGACGUAAUCCGAUGGAGCCACUAUGGGGUCAUCUUCUUCGCGCUUUUCGCCUCUGCGUUCUCAACGAUGUUGCACUACGUUGGCGUUGACCUCGGGUGGACAUUGUACAUGCUUGGCGUUCUCACCUGCCCUGGUAUCUUUCCGACUGCUUUCACCAUCCUUUGGCGGCGUCAGUCGAAGGCCGCUGCUAUCAUUGCACCUCUCCUCGGCAUGAUCACUGGAAUCGCAUCCUGGCUUGGGUCCGCAUACGCACUUUAUGGAGCAGUCACCAUCGCGACGACAGGACAAACAGUACCAUGCGUCUGGGGAACCGUUGCCUCGGCGUUUUCACCUCUGGUGUAUUCUCCCAUCAUCACCCUGUUCAAACCUGAGAAUUUUGAUUGGGCCGACUUCCGAAAGGAACGCCUUGCCUUUGAGGUAUCUGAUACAUCGUCCAUUAUCUCGCAUCGGAACUCCAGCGUUGUACGAGUAAACUCUGAGCUCGAGACGCAGUCGCCAGACGAACAAGUGCUGCUGAGAAGAUGGGGCCGUAUUGCUGCGGUAUGGGCGCUUGCUACGUUUUUGGGUCAUUGGGUUCUCUGGCCACUGCCCAUGUACGCCUCCAAGUACAUCUUCGGCAAAGGUUUCUUUGCUGCAUGGCUGGUCAUCGCGAUCAUUUGGUUGUGGGGAACGCUAUUCAUUGUUGGCUUUUAUCCACUCAUUGACGGAAGGCAGCAGAUUUGGGCUGUGUGGCAAGCUAUUAGAGAUGGCCGCAAAAAGAGGGGAGAAGCAGGCGCAGCAUCAACCCGGAGCGCAAGCGGCGAGCAGACGCCUGAGAGUGUAGAGGAAAAGCAAGGAAAGACAGGCUGA